AAUAAAUGUCAGUGCACACCCAGGAGCGGGUGGUCCCACAGGGGACAUCUUAACGCCCACCCGGGAGCGGCUGGUCCCACAGAGGACCUCUUCUUAACGCUGACGCUUUCUGGAGAAAAGGAUUUAUGAUGAAAAUUUCCCCAAGGGGACCUUCUAGAGCCUAGCACGUUCGAUGCUCCUGUUUCAGUCGCGGUCUCAGCGGGCAGUGGCCUCCUUUGAAGCUGGGAUUCUCCUGCCCCUCCCGGGCAGCGCAGGCCACCGGUGACCCGGGACGGUCUGUAAACGACCUUCGCGUCCCCGUCCCCGUGGAAUAACGCGCGGCGGGCGUCACUGCCCAAUAUCCAGCGCUCGUGAAGGCGGAGACUGGCGGGGCAGCUAGUUUCUGGUUGUGGAUUCUGAUUAAUGGGCCGCAGGCGCACGGUGUGCACCGUCCGGCUCGUUGCUAGUGGCUCGCUCGGGAGCCGCCGCACUCCCGGGGCUGUCCGCCCGAGCCGGCCUGGAAGGCAGAGGACGCCUCCAGGUCGCUCCGCGGGGCCUCCGGAAUUCCUGGGAAAGCCCCCCUGCAGCGCCGCCCCUGGACCCCAGGUGUGAGGAGCGGGGCUCGGCCAGCCGCUCCAGAAGAGGCCCGGACCCCCUGCCGCGGCUGCCGGGGGCGGGAAAGUGAUUUCUCGGAAAGCAGAGCACUUCGAAGAAGGCGGGCCGCGCGAGCCAAGCUGACGCUAUUGGUCGGUGUGGCCGUCGCUCUGCGCACCGCCCGUCCCCCCACGGCCCUUUUUAAGGCCGCGCGCCCGCUGGCGCAUCGCCUGGAGCGCGGUAGCAAGCGUGGGAACGCGGGCGGCGAGACGGCGGCAGGACGGCGGCAGGAUGUGUGACCGGAAUGGUGGUCGGCGGCUUCGACAGUGGCUGAUCGAGCAGAUUGACAGUAGCAUGUAUCCAGGACUGAUUUGGGAGAAUGACGAGAAGAGCAUGUUCCGGAUCCCUUGGAAACACGCUGGCAAGCAAGAUUAUAAUCAGGAAGUGGAUGCCUCCAUAUUUAAGGCCUGGGCAGUUUUUAAAGGGAAGUUUAAAGAAGGGGACAAAGCUGAACCAGCCACUUGGAAGACGAGGUUACGCUGUGCUUUGAAUAAGAGCCCAGAUUUUGAGGAAGUGACGGACCGGUCCCAACUGGACAUUUCCGAGCCAUACAAAGUUUACCGAAUUGUUCCUGAGGAAGAGCAAAAAUGCAAACUAGGCGUGGCAACUGCUGGCUGCGUGAAUGAAGUUACAGAGAUGGAGUGCGGUCGCUCUGAAAUCGACGAGCUGAUCAAGGAGCCUUCUGUGGACGAUUACAUGGGGAUGAUCAAAAGGAGCCCUUCCCCGCCGGAGGCCUGUCGGAGUCAGCUCCUUCCAGACUGGUGGGCGCAGCAGCCCAGCACAGGCGUGCCGCUGGUGACGGGGUACACCACCUACGACGCGCACCAUUCAGCGUUCUCCCAGAUGGUGAUCAGCUUCUACUAUGGGGGCAAGCUGGUGGGCCAGGCCACCACCACCUGCCCCGAGGGCUGCCGCCUGUCCCUGAGCCAGCCCGGGCUGCCCGGCACCAAGCUGUAUGGGCCCGAAGGCCUGGAGCUGGUGCGCUUCCCACCGGCCGACGCCAUCCCCAGCGAGCGACAGAGGCAGGUGACGCGGAAGCUGUUCGGGCACCUGGAGCGCGGGGUGCUGCUGCACAGCAGCCGGCAGGGUGUGUUCGUCAAGCGGCUGUGCCAGGGCCGCGUGUUCUGCAGCGGCAACGCCGUGGUGUGCAAAGGCAGGCCCAACAAGCUGGAGCGUGAUGAGGUGGUCCAGGUCUUCGACACCAGCCAGUUCUUUCGAGAGCUGCAGCAGUUCUAUAACAGCCAGGGCCGGCUUCCUGACGGCAGGGUGGUGCUGUGCUUUGGGGAAGAGUUUCCGGAUAUGGCCCCCUUGCGCUCCAAACUCAUUCUCGUGCAGAUUGAGCAGCUGUAUGUCCGGCAACUGGCAGAAGAGGCUGGGAAGAGCUGUGGAGCCGGCUCUGUGAUGCAGGCCCCCGAGGAGCCGCCGCCAGACCAGGUCUUCCGGAUGUUUCCAGAUAUUUGUGCCUCACACCAGAGAUCGUUUUUCAGAGAAAACCAACAGAUCACCGUCUAAGUGCGUCGCUUGGGCGCCCCACCCCGUCUGCGUCCUGCAUCCUUCUCCCUGUUACAGUGGCCCGCAUCAUGAUUAAAGAAUGUGGAUCCCUCUGUCUGGGGUGGGAUGCCUUACUUUGCACUUAAUUUAGUAAGGGCAUUCUCGGAGGAGUAGACGUUUAAUACGAAGUGGCGGCAUAGCCCUGCCGAGAUGUCGGUGAUGGCCUGGAUGCUGUAACCACAACCUGUGGCUAAAAAUUUUAUUUUCUACCCUUUCCCCGUCAUUAUCAUUAGUUGCUGUGAUUCUUUCUGCAUUUUCGGUUAACUAUCAUUUCCAAAGACUUGUCAUUCAGUAAUAUUAGCAGAUAGCUGCUUCGAUAAAGGAAUUUGGAGUUUAAAAAUCAACUUGUGAAAACAAGGUUGUUUUUGUCUUUAUCUUUUGUUAGAGUUAUAGAUUUAUGAUUUCAUAGGCUUGAUUCUAUGUGAAAUAUCUUUUUACUUUUAUGCAUUUUAAUAAGAUUUAAAAAUAUUUAGAUUAAAACCCCCUUUAAUGAGUACAAGAAAAACUCUUGGCUUGUUAGAAGAAAGUAUAUUCUUUCUAGAAUUCGGUGCAGGAAUAUGUGUUCAUAUCCAGGCAAACGGGUGUGUUUUUAUCUUCAGACAAUGAAACCUUCUCCUCUGGGGCUUUGUUGCCAGGAAGAUUAGAACUAAAUUUUUUUUUUCAUUUCUGUCAUGAAAUCAUUCCAGAUACCUCUUUUCUUCUUUCCAGAUGGUUUUCACAUGUGUUUGAAAUAUUUGUACUUUGAAUUGUCGGAUUUUCCAUGUCCUCCUUUCUCCUUUGUGCCCAGCCUGAGUCAGCACCAUCCCGCGUUCAGAACCUCCCAGUGAAAGGGCAGGAAGGGGCCCCACCUGUCAGCCUUCAUUUUGAGAAGGUGGAAGGUGUUAGGGUUUGGGAGACAGCUCAUCCAAUCUCCCAAGUCUCAUGGUGGAUUUGUGACUGUGAGAGUUUCCGGUUUAGAAUCUGAAAAGCCAGAUAUGCCUGUUUCCUUUUCCCAGCACCAUGCCUGUGGAGGGGACAGUCAGACCCAGAGGUCCUUUACAUGUGGAUGGAGUUCACAGGUGAAUAGAGGAGAGGACCAGGGGACGUGGCUUGUCCCUUUUGUCCAACAAAGCAUUAUAUUUUUAAGAAUGGCAGACUUGUUUGCUGAAGUGUUCAUAAGAUAACAAUAGGCUUGAAUCUCCAAUUCAAAUGAAUGUCAAAGCACAUAUCUUUAAUAUGCUGAAUGAAUAUUUAUUUUUGUAUCCAUUAAAACAGUAUAUUGAUCUCUUUUAUUCUUUAUUAAAAUAAAAUGCUCUUUUUUAAA